AUGGCGACUGAGCACAGAAAUAUUAUCCAGCUUGUGGCAGAUGACCUCGGCCUAUUCCUCGGAUGUUACGGUGCCAAUAAUAUCUAUACGCCAAAUAUAGAUAAACUUGCAGCAUCCGGAACCAAGUUUACAAACGCCUUUGCCAGCACGGCAUCGUGUUCUGGCAGUCGCUCAACAAUUUACACCGGUCUGCAUACCCACGAGAAUGGUCAAUAUGGGCUUGCACAUGGGUGGAAUCAUUUCCAAACCCACGAUCAUAUUGAGACGCUACCUCAGAUCUUCAAUGCUUUGGGAUACCAAACCGGGAUCAUUAGCAAGGUGCAUGUUGGCCCCCGAACAGCUUAUCCAUGGGAAGUCACCGAAGAGAGCGAUACUCGUAAUGUGAAUGCAAAUGCAGCCCGUGUUGAGGCAUUUUUCGACAAAGCCAAAGCCACGAACCGACCCUUUCAUUUGACGGUUGGAUUCAGAGACCCUCACCGAGACCACACGAGACAAGGGUUUGGCAAUGACGAGGCAGAUGUGGCACACAUCCCAGUGCCCGAUUAUUGUAUGUCAGACGUGGAUAUUCCUUUCUAUCUCAGUGACGUGCCUGAGGUGCGGCUUGAACUGGUCGAAUACUACAAGGCGAUCAGUAGGAUGGAUUUUGGAGUUGGCCUGAUCAUGGACGCACUGGAAAAAUACAAGCUGGCUGAAAACACCCUGGUUAUCUUCGUCAGCGACAAUGGAGCCCCAUUCCUUAAUUCAAAAACCACUUUAUACGAUGCAGGAGUCAAGCUGCCCUUGAUUGUGAGAUGCCCAGGAUCUGCUCGCGGAGUGGUCAACUCCAACAUGGUUUCAUUUCUGGACAUUUUACCCACUUCUCUGGAUUGGGUCGGCGCAAGCGAGGCAGAUAUCAAGACAGACAACUUGGGAAAGUCCCCAAAGCGGCUGGGGCAUUCAUUCCUCUCCAUUUUGGAAUUAUCAGAAAUCCUUCCCGGGCAGGAAUGGGCGCAGCAUGUUUUCGGCUCUCACACGUUUCAUGAGAUACAGAACUAUUGGCCCACGAGAUUCCUUCGCACCCCACGCUUCAAAUAUCAUCGGAACAUUGCCUGGAGGCUGGAUUUUCCUUUUGGUACAGACCUAUAUGGCAGCUUAUCGUGGGAGGGCAUUCGCAAUGCCGGAGGUUCGGUCAUGAUCGGGAAACGCCCGCUGGAGAAAUACCUUUUCCGAGGACCCGAGGAACUUUUCGACCUUGAGAACGACCCAGAGGAGGUUAACAACUUGGCUUCUAAUAAAGAAUACGAAGCUUUGCUCCUUGAAUGUCGUUCAAAGGUUGAGACGUGGCAAUAUCAGACAGGAGAUGUAUGGCUGCUCAAGGACGGUGUGUCAGUCAUCACCAGUGAGGAGCAUCGGCGGCAAGGAAUGAAGUUGCGAGACCGAUUUGAAGUUGAUCCUGUUAAUCCUGGCAACCAACAAGGGCCACAUUGGGUGCCACCAUUGGUCCAAGCGUCUGCCGCCAACGAUCAGUUUCUACCGGGAUGA